AAGGCACAGCUGCUGGCUUCGAUCGUGGACGCGGUUUGCUACCAGCUGCGGAGCCCAGCUUUGGCUCUGGAGCAGUCAGCUGCUCAGCCGAAUGAUACACGGAAGAGGGGAGAGGAAACAUCUCCGCCCCGGCCUCCAGCGCUCACAGCGCAGCCAGAACCGGCAGCCCAGACCAUGAGCGUUCAGCAUUUCUGGGAUCAGCUGCGGGCGGGCAGCUCGGAAGUGGACUGGUGCGAGGAUAACUAUACCAUCGUGCCGGCCAUCGCCGAGUUCUACAACACGAUCAGCAAUGUCUUAUUUUUUAUUUUGCCGCCCAUCUGCAUGUGCUUAUUCCGUCAAUAUGCAGCAUGCUUCAACAGUGGCAUAUAUUUAAUAUGGACACUACUCGUUGUUGUUGGAAUUGGAUCAGUUUACUUCCAUGCAACACUGAGUUUCCUGGGUCAGAUGCUUGAUGAACUUGCUAUUCUAUGGGUAUUGAUGUGCGCACUGGCCAUGUGGUUCCCCAGAAGGUACUUACCAAAGGUCUUCAGAAAUGACAGGGGCAGGUUCAAAGUUGUGGUCUGUGUCCUAUCUGGAGUCACUACGUGUCUUGCAUUUGUAAAGCCAGCCAUCAACAACAUUUCUCUGAUGACGUUGGGCAUUCCCUGCACAGCACUGCUCAUUGCAGAACUGAAAAGGUGUGACAACGUGCGGGUAUAUAAACUAGGUCUCUUCUCGGGUCUUUGGUGGACUCUUGCUCUCUUCUGUUGGAUCAGUGACAGGGCCUUCUGUGAACUCUGGUCUUCUUUCAACUUCCCCUAUCUGCAUUGUGUGUGGCACAUCCUCAUUUGUCUGGCUGCCUAUCUGGGUUGUGUCUGCUUUGCAUACUUUGAUGCUGCCUCGGAGAUCCCAGAGCAAGGUCCUGUCAUCAAAUUCUGGCCCAGUGAAAAAUGGGCCUUCAUAGGAGUCCCCUAUGUCUCCCUCCUGUGUGCCAACAAGAAGUCUCCAGUCAAGAUCACAUGAUGUAAAGUUCAGCAACUCUUGAUUUUUCUUAUUUAUUUUUCCUCACUUACUGUGCUUGGUUAAUGAUCAUGACAGCUGGGGACACUUGGGUUUUUUCACUCCUGUAUAUUCAAAACUUGCAAGGGUUCAACUGUGUACAGUAAGAAAUGCAUUUUUUUUUCUUUAAGAAAUGCAGGUUUUUUUUCUUUCUCUUGGAGAGGAGGAAGAUAGGGUUUUGGUGUGUUUUGGCUGGUUUUUUUUUUUUUUGAGACUGAAAAUGCUUACAAGUAGAAUUUCGGUCCUGGGUUUAGCUUUUUCAGGCUUUAUUUUUAGGUGCCCACUCUCCUUACUACUGGCUCAUGAAUCUUAAAACACUGUGAUAGUAGUAUGUCCUGUUAGACCAAAGCAACAGACUGGCAACUCCUGGGGAGGAAUGUUUGUUAAAUGCAGACCCUUCUUCCUUCUCUUUCCUACCCACGUAUUAUCUUUUCAGAACUCUUGUGGUUGGAAUCGACAAACAAAUGUACCUGUGGACUAAACCUCCAUUUUUGUUCCAGAGAGUUUCAUUGGAGGGAACCUGGCCAUGAAGAAUCAUAUGAAGGGCUUGUGGGAGAAUAAUUUUUAAUACAAACCUCACAAAACUUAGGUUUUAAGUGAGGUUAGAAGUUAUUUUUAAUUAUUUGUGCUGAGAGUACUAGAUUCAUCAUCUGUAUUUGGGCAAAAUUAAUGGGGGAAAAUUGCCAUCAUCAAACCAUCCUUUAAAAUGAGCACAACUUUUUUCAUGUCUCUUUUUUCUUUUUUGAUCCCUUUCUCCCAGCUCAUAAUACACAGAUAAAAAAAGCUGUGGAAUCAUAGAACGGUAGAAAAGCAAAGGGAAUAACAUUAUAGAAUGUUAGACUUUGAGGCAUCUUAGCUGCCUGGUUGUAGUGGAAAGGAUCCCAGAGGCUGGGUCAAAGGAUUGGGCUUUGAAUCCUGGUUCUCCUACUUUUAUUGGCUAUGUGACCCUAGGGAAGCCACUAACCUCUCUGGCUCUGAGCUUCUUCCUCAUAAAGCAGGGAGGUUUGUUUUAGAUAAGGUCCACUCUGACUUGAAGUCUUAGGACCCUAUGAGAUCAUUCAGCCCAAUCCUGCAUCUUAUAGAUAGGAAUAAUAGAUAUAUACCGUCAGUGUAGGACAGUAGCCUUCGCAUCUGCCAGGCUGCCGAAAGCCCAGCUAUAACUUUGGUGGCACCUUUACCUCCCUUUCUUGAGGAGGGGGAUAUGAAUUGACUGGCACAAAUUCAAUGAAACUGGACUCUGGUGAUUUUUAUAUUGGGGUAAUCUCUUAAGUGAAACCUAGAAUAACUUGAAAUACUCUGAAAUAUCAUGCAAUAACAUGGAAAGUCACUUUUGGGGAUCAUUUUUAAUUCUUCUCCCUACCCCCUGAAUACGGAAGUUUAGUUUGAAGGCAUCUUAGAUGGUUGUAGUGGAAAGGAUAUCAGAUAUGGGCUUAAAGGACCAGGGUUUGAAUCCUGGUUCUCCCAUUUUUAUGAGCUGUCUGACCCUGGGUAAGCCACUAACCAAUCUGGUCCUCUCUUUCCUCAUCUGUAAAAUGAGGGUGUUGUUUUUUGUUUUCAGUGUAUUCUGGAUUCUAACAUAUUACAAGACUCCUCUUCAUGGCAUGUGACAAUGCUGCUGCCCCUUCUAUAACACUCGCUAGCCAGCAAUAAUAGAUGUUUAACCAAGGCAUCCGUUAGAUGUGUUCAAAAGUAGCACUGACAUGGCUCACUCAUUCAGCAUUGCCAAUAUGCUCCUCUUUGAGUUCUGCAACUCCACAAAGACCCCAUGGACUCAGUUGCUCCCCUUCUUCACUGGGAUGAUUCAGGAACCUGCAAAUGUCUCCUGAAAAAAAAAAAAUCUCCUGAAUUCAAAUGUGGCCUCAGAUACUUACUAGCUGUAUGACCCUGGACUAGUCACUUAACCCCUUUUACCUCCGUUUCCUCAUUUAUAAAAUGAGCUGGAGAAGGAAAUGACAAAGCCCUUUAGUAUCUCUGCCAAGAAAACCCCAAAUGGGGUCAUGAAGACUCAGAUACGACUAAGUAGUGACAACAGCAACAAAUGUCUGCAAGGUUUGUGGCACUGGUUGCUAACCUCAGGGAUAUUUUGUUUUCAUUUCACUGGAGUGUUUCCUACCUUGUCCAUGACAUUCACUGCUGGGGGUAGGUGCAAGAAAGGAGGAUUGUUGUCUAUCUUCUUUAUAAGGCCAGAAAACACUUUGUGUUGUCAUAACAGAUGAUUCAGU